AUGAGGUCUUUUUCCCUCCUCCUACUCUUCUUUAUUCUAGCAGCGGUCGGGUGUUCCGCCGCCGGGGAUGCGGGCACCGCCAAGACGGCGUCGAGGGUCCGGUUCGACACGGGCGGGCUGAGCCGGGAGGCGUUCCCCGCCGGGUUCGUCUUCGGGACGGCGGCGUCGGCGUACCAGGUGGAGGGCAUGGCACUUAAGGACGGGCGUGGCCCCAGCAUCUGGGACGUCUUCGUCAAGAUCCCAGGAGAGAUUGCAAAUAAUGCCACUGCGGACGUUUCAGUAGACGAGUACCAUCGAUACAAGGAGGAUGUGGACAUCAUGAAGAAGAUGAAUUUUGAUGCAUAUCGCUUCUCGAUCUCGUGGUCCAGGAUAUUCCCAAAUGGAGCGGGGAAGGUAAAUUGGGAAGGUGUGUCAUAUUACAACAGAUUGAUAAACUACAUGCUAAAGAAAGGUGUUACACCCUAUGCAAAUCUCUACCACUACGAUCUCCCAGAAGCACUUGAGAAGCAGUACAAUGGUUUGUUAAGCCCAAAAGUUGUGGAGGCAUAUGCAGACUAUGCUGAUUUUUGUUUCAAGACAUUUGGUGAUAGAGUGAAGAAUUGGUUCACUUUCAAUGAGCCAAGGGUGGUGGCAGCUCUUGGAUAUGAUGAUGGCACAUUUGCCCCAGGAAGAUGCACAAACUGUUCGGCCGGUGGGAAUUCUGCUACUGAGCCUUAUAUUGUUGCCCAUAAUCUCAUCUUAUCUCAUGCUGCUGCUGUUAAGAGGUACCGUGAGAAGUAUCAGGCUAAACAGAAAGGCAGGAUUGGAAUUCUCCUGGAUUUUGUUUGGUAUGAAGCUCUGACCAGUUCAACAGCUGACCAAGCAGCAGCUCAAAGAGCGAGAGAUUUCCAUGUGGGAUGGUUUCUCCACCCUAUUAUAUAUGGUGAGUAUCCAAAGACAAUUCAGGAGAUUGUUAAAGAGAGGCUUCCAAAAUUCACGGAGGAAGAGGUUAAGAUGGUGAAAGGCUCUAUAGAUUAUGUGGGCAUCAACCAAUACACUACUUACUACAUGUAUGAUCCACAUCAGCCUGAGCCACAAAAACCCACUAGCUACGCAAAUGAUUGGCAUGUUGGAUAUGCUUAUGAACGCGAUGGUGUGCCAAUUGGACCACGGGCACAUUCUAAUUGGCUUUACAUUGUACCAUGGGGGAUGUACAAAGCAGUGAGCUAUGUCAAGGAGCACUAUUGCAACCCAACCGUGAUCCUAUCUGAAAAUGGAAUGGAUGAUCCUGGCAACAUCACUCUACCAAAAGGGUUGCAUGACACGACGAGAAUCAAUUACUACAAGAGCUAUAUAACCGAGCUCAAGAAGGCGAUUGAUGAUGGGGCAAAUGUUAUUGGUUACUUUGCUUGGUCUUUGCUUGAUAACUUCGAAUGGAAAUCAGGUUACACAUCAAGAUUCGGGAUAGUCUAUGUUGAUUUUACAAACCUAAAGCGGUACCCUAAGAUGUCAGCUUAUUGGUUCAGAGACAUGCUUAAGAGGAAGAACUAAGUAGUGGCUCGAGUCAUG